GGCAAGCGACAUCAUGAACCUUAGCCAGAAAGCAUCAUCUAUGACCUUUGCUGAUAAGGAACUCUCUGUCCGAAGCCCGAUCAAAAUGAUGUACAAAAGUACAAAGGAACGGGUUGUGAAGAGCCCUAACUUCAGCAGUACUCUUGAUAAUUUAAAGCAUUUCAUCAAUCAAAACAAAACCAAACUUGAUGCACAAAACAUGAGAUCUUUGAGCUCAACUCUAAAGACUUUAGAUAAGCCUAAAUAUAAAACAAAAGAUUGCAUCUUUUCAAUCUCAAAGAGCAGUGGGACUCUGAAGAAGCCCACUACGAAUGGACACAAAAAACUGAAAUUUCCUUUCAGAAAAGAUCUUAUUCGCAGCCUCCGGGCUGGAAAAUCUCUUGACAGGAGUAAAUCUACUGCUAAGCCUGAGAUAAGCUCGAAAAUUCUGAGAAUAAUCCAGCUUGAGGCAAAGCCUUGUCUUAAAAGGGCAAUGCUUUCAACUGCAAUAUUUGUGAAUUCAAGUAAAUUCAAGAAUCAGCAAGCGUUGCCUUUGGAAAUCCAAAGGAAAACUAUCUUUACAGACAAAUAAAAGCAAGUCAAUUCAGAAAUUUACAAAUACGAAAGAGCUGUUACAGUCAUUGAGACCUUCAUUCAGGGUGAACCCUGAUGUAAGCAGCCUCAAUCCUGAUUUGUGGUCAUCUGAUCUGAAAAAUUUAGCUGCUAAAUUUUCUAGAACAAAGCAGAAUUUAUCUUCUUGUGUCGAGGGCACAGAAAAUUCCCAUGGUUCAUAUUACCAAACGCCUAUACAAGGUUUUCACAUACAAAUAAACAAGAUUCCGAAAUGAAAAUUGCCGAAGAGGAGCAUAUAA